UCUCAAUUGUUCUCUUCCUGCGAGGUUUCUGAGUUGGCUUCUUGUGAAAUUUAAAAAUGGCUGUGGUUCAUGCUGAAAAGCCAUGGGAUUACAGGUUUCAUUUGUAUGGAGGCCAUGUGUGUAAUACACUAAUGGCAGAUUCCUGGGAUGACAGAACACCUCUACAUGACGCUGCUUUGCAAGGAAGAUUGCUGCCAUUGCGAAGACUGCUUUCACAGGGGUACAAUGUGGGAAUGGCUACAUUAGAUGGAAUCACACCACUGCAUGAAGCAUGUGUUGGAGGCCAUUUCACCUGUGCUAAACUUCUCCUGGAACAUGGUGCUGAUGCCAAUGCUGUCUCUUUUGAUGGAGCCACUCCUCUCUUCAGUGCAUGCUGUAGUGGAAACCCCGCCCUCGUCAGCCUCAUUCUGAUCUACAGCUCUGUCCACCAUCCAGCUCAUCUGCAGAGCUCACCUCUCCAUGAAGCAGCAAAGAGAGGUCACACAGCAUGUGUUGAACUGCUGCUGUCUCAUGGUGUGAAUGUGGACAUGGAGGUUCCCAGCAUAGGAACAGCGCUGUACUGUGCAUGUGAAUCCAAGGCAACAGAAUGUGUACAGAGCCUGCUGAUCUCAGGUGCUGCUGUACAAUGUGGGCGGGGUCUUGACACACCUUUACAUGCUGCAACCAGGGUGGGCGGGGCAAAAGAGGUGGAGCUACUGUUAGAGCACGGGGCUGAUUGGACCUCAAGGAACUCUGAAGGAAAGAAAGCUCUAGAGUUGACAACAGAUCAGAGCAUCAAACAUCUCUUGAAGACUACAGGUCCGUGCUCCCUGUCUCAGUUGUGCAGAUGGUGUAUUCGACGUUCCCUGGGACAAAAAGGACUAAACAAAACCAAGAUGCUUUGCUUACCACAUAUCCUGCACAAUUAUCUUCUCUAUCAUUAAAACACACAUAAACAUUCCCUGUCUAGUGUCC